GGCAAGCGGUAGCCCUUGUGAGCCCACGAGACAGCCCCAGGAGCCCGCGAGAAGGAAGGCUCCUCCGCAUGGGGCUGCUUGAGCCUAGCUGCUGGCUCUGCAGGCAAUCAGCAGUGGGAGCCGCAGCCAGCACGGAAGAGGUUAACGUGCAUCUGCCUCCGAAUGUUAAUGUGUCUAGGUGAUGUCAGUGGGAGCUGGGAAGGAGGGAGUGGGGCGAGCGGUUGGGCUCAAAGGCAGCAGCGGCUGCCAGCCGGCAGAGGAAGACCCUUUUCUGGACUGCAGGGCUCACGCUCGGGACAAGGCGGUGGCGGGCGCUGGAGGCUGCCGCAGCCUGCGUGGGUGGACUGGUUCCUAACUCCAGGGAGCAGGCGACCUGCGCCGGCUGCAUGGAUCUGCAAGCCUCGUUGCUGUCCAUUGGCCCCAAUGCCAGCAACAUCUCCGAUGGCCAGGAUAAUCUCACACUGGCGGGGUCGCCUCCUCGCACAGGCAGCGUCUCCUACAUCAACAUCAUUAUGCCCUCCGUGUUCGGCACCAUCUGUCUCCUGGGCAUUGUGGGAAACUCCACUGUCAUCUUCGCCGUGGUGAAGAAGUCCAAGCUGCACUGGUGCAGCAACGUCCCUGACAUCUUCAUCAUCAACCUCUCCGUGGUGGACCUGCUCUUCCUCCUGGGCAUGCCUUUCAUGAUCCACCAGCUCAUGGGCAACGGGGUCUGGCACUUUGGGGAAACCAUGUGUACCCUCAUCACCGCCAUGGACGCCAACAGCCAGUUCACCAGCACCUACAUCCUGACCGCGAUGGCCAUCGACCGCUACCUGGCCACCGUCCACCCCAUCUCCUCCACCAAAUUCCGGAAGCCCUCCAUGGCCACCCUGGUCAUCUGCCUCCUGUGGGUUCUCUCUUUCAUCAGCAUCACGCCCGUGUGGCUCUACGCCAGACUCAUCCCCUUCCCCGGGGGUGCCGUAGGCUGUGGCAUCCGCCUGCCAAACCCAGACACUGACCUCUACUGGUUCACUCUGUACCAGUUCUUCCUGGCCUUUGCCCUGCCCUUCGUGGUCAUCACGGCUGCGUACGUGAAAAUACUGCAGCGCAUGACGUCUUCGGUGGCCCCGGCCUCUCAGCGCAGCAUCAGGCUUCGGACAAAGAGGGUGACCCGCACAGCCAUUGCCAUCUGCCUGGUCUUCUUCGUGUGCUGGGCGCCCUACUACGUGCUGCAGCUGACCCAGCUCUCCAUCAGCCGCCCGACCCUCACCUUUGUCUACUUGUACAAUGCGGCCAUCAGCUUGGGCUAUGCCAACAGCUGCCUCAACCCCUUUGUGUACAUAGUACUCUGUGAGACCUUCCGGAAACGCCUGGUGUUGUCCGUGAAGCCUGCGGCCCAGGGCCAGCUUCGCACGGUCAGCAACGCCCAGACGGCCGAUGAGGAGAGGACAGAGAGCAAAGGCACCUGACAACUCCCCUGUCACAAGCCAAGUCGGGUCACCGCAUCAAACUGUGGGGAGAGAUCCUGAGAUAGAGCUGAGGCCAGGCUGGGAGGACGCAGGGAGGCUGGAGAGUGGGGGGCUUGUAGAGACCCCAUUCCAUGGGGUCCACAAGCUGCUAGGGAGGCCUGCAGCCCAGUUUGGGGGACAGGGGAGGGUAGGAGCUUCAGGCCUCAGAAAUCCGCUUGGCAGAAUAGAAGCUGAGCAAGAAGAAAAUAGCACUUUGACGGGUUCACGGGGUCUUGGUUAGCUCACAUUGGUCUUUUUUACCAAGGGAAGAAGGUGAAGGUGCCCUGGCUGGGAUUGUUUAAAACUGGUCAGGGCUAGGGCUACACUGCGGGACCGUACAAGCCGAGCACUGCCUCCCAUCUCUCUGCAGUGUGCCAGAAGGCAGCCUUUCUCUCUCAAGCUGGUGGACAUCUCUGAAGCAUGCUGCCUCGGCUCCAGCACCCUGUGUGGAUUUCACUCACUCACUCUCUCUCUCUCUAAGGGAUGCAUGUUUUUACUGGGGUGGGGCUCUUGAACCCACAGGAUUUUUAAAACACAAGAGCCCAGCGUGUGGAAAGAUCCAGUCACUGAGAACGACAAGGCAACCUGGGGUGGGCGUGGAUCCUGAAACUAAUAAAAAAUGAGGGCAAGGGGCUUUCACAGUGGCGGGGAAGUUCCCUUCAGAGGGCACGGCUGUCAGUCUGUGGCUGACCCGGAGUGAGCAUCCGUGUAUUCUGCAUGUGUGCGUGUGUGUGGGGGUGUCACUCUGAUAUGUUGGCAUCAGCUUUGUGCUUGAGCCUCCCCACUCCCCAGUCAACAAGAAAUAAAGGCAAACCCCCACCCGAGUCAU